CGUGCACGCGUGAUGACCUUUGGCGUAGUUUUAUUAAUAUCAUUGGUCCAGUAUACGUCGCCUCCGGAAAUAGUACAAAGGAACGUAUAUACACUUUAAUCCUCUAUAUCGCAUACAAGUAUCAAAACAGCGGGAAAAGUUACGUGCACCUCUCAAGCAUGCUGUGUUCUUUAUGAAUGAGUCAGAGACGUAUCCGAACGGCUACACGAACGAACCCCCUUACCUAUAUUUGGCUUAUCGCACCUAUCAGCUAGUAGACGCUGCUACCCCUUGACUGAAGCCAGAAUGAACCAGCCCAAAGUUUUGGCGAUGGAGUGCUAGAGAGAACCGUAGGUUACAGAAGCUGUUUGGGAGCUACCAAGAUGUGUAUGUUAACGUCUUAAACGUCAAAAAAUGUAUUUUUAGAAUCAACAAAGGAAGACAAAGUUUUGGGAGAUAUAAUAUAUAUUCUUACCGAGUGUUAAUUGUGAUAUAUUCUUAUUGUGUAAAGUUUUGGAAGUUAGUUCUCGGAGUGGGAUACAAUGUGUGUUCUGUGUAGAGCCGAUAUGUUACCGAGGCUGAGGUGUACGAAAAUUGUGUUAUCCUGUGUAUUUUUAUGUGCGAUACUCCUCAUUGGAUCGACGCGGGGAUUUAACCUGGAGGUUGAGUUUCCAGACGUCAGGACCGGAACACCUGGAAGUAUGUUUGGAUACUCCGUAGCUCAACACAUCGACCAAGGACAAGGAUGGCUUCUGGUUGGUGCUCCUACAGCAGCCACACAGCAGGCUGGUAUCAUCAGAGGUGGCGCCGUCUACAGGUGUCGAGCCAAUCACACGGCCGAUAGCUGUUCUAUGAUUCCAUUUGAUGAGCGAGGUAACUCUAACCAAUUUAACGGAACAUUAUAUUUAGCAAUUGAAGAUAAAUCCCACCAAUGGUUUGGUGCAACAGUGGCAAGUUCUGGUGACGAUGGACACAUCUUGGCAUGUGCACCGCGAUACGUUUACAAGUCUCCCAAAGCGGACAAGAGAGCACCAGUGGGCACCUGCUACCUUAACAGGUACAACUCAUUCCAGGAGUUCAAUCCCUGUAAAUCCUCGGUUGAUCUGAAUCCCAAUAGCAUAGACCAACAUAACAACCAGGGUUCGUGUCAAGCUGGCUUCUCAAUAUCCAUGUCAAACAAUGGAGAACGGCUGUUACUCGGUGCACCAGGAGCCUUUUAUUGGCAAGGACAAGUCCACAACUUUUAUCUGGACAGAGGCAACUCUAGGAAGGAAACAGUAGAGGAAUCACAGGCAUCAGAUGACAGCUACAGAGGCUAUUCCAGUGCAGUGGGCAGAUUUGACGCAGACGAAGAAGAUGACUAUGUUGUGGGUGUGCCUAGGGCGGAAUUUCUUCUUGGGAAGGUGGAGCUCUGGACUCAAAAUAUGUCAUCCAUCCUAAACAUCUCGGGGGAACAGGUUGGAGCAUAUUUUGGGUAUGCAGUUGCGGUAGAGGAUCUAGAUGGUAACAAACUAGAUGACAUCGUUGUUGGCGCCCCAUUUUACUCUGACUACAGUUCCACGAAAUCAUACGACACCGGCAGGGUUUAUAUUUAUUACCAAAACAAAAAGGGCGAGUUCUCGACUUCAGACAUGGUAGAGACCAAGGUUAGGCAGUUCCGCCCCAAUAAGAGAACACGUUACGACAUUUUGGAUGGCCACUCUCCCAAGUCCAGGUUUGGGUCGGCUCUCAUUGGAAUGAGUGAUUUAAACAUUGACGGAUUUAAAGAUCUUGCAAUUGGGGCUCCAUAUGGGGGCAGGGAAAAUCGAGGAGCAGUUUACAUUUAUCUUGGGUCAGAGAGAGGCAUCGUUACCAAGGUUUCCCAGGUAAUAGAAGGCGCCGACCUUAAACCAAACAUCGGAACAUUCGGCUGGUCGCUCUCUGGCGGGAAAGAUCUGGACAGCAACAGAUACCCAGAUUUAUUAGUAGGGGCAUAUUCAUCCAACAAUGCGGUAUAUCUCAAAGCUCGUCCAAUUGUUUAUGUGGCUGCAAGUUUAAAAAUUGACCCCAAGAAAAUUUCUCUUGACCGUAAAGUUUGUAACUAUAAAGGAGUGACAGGCACCCACAAAGUCACAUGUGUGACAUUAUUUACCUGUAUAAAGUAUGACGGAAUAGGAGUACCUCGUCAGCUAGUUUUUGAUCUCUCCUGGAAGUUUGAUGUGGAUAAGAAAACUUUAGAUGCCAAACGUUUGUACCAACUUAAUACCAACCAAGUGGUGGAAUACGUCAACAAUAAACGACUCACCAAAGACAAGGCUUGGUGCCAGAACUCUUUUGUCUACAUUAGUAAUGACAUCCGGGACAAGCUCACACCAAUCAACGUCCAGUUUGAAUUUAAACUUAAGAAGAGGAGUCUAGCGCGUCGACGACGGUCACUGCAGCCCAUCCUUGACCAGUACACGCCUACCCUUGUAAACACGACGGGUCAUAUACAGAAGGAGUGCGGAGAAGACGAGACGUGUAUACCUGACGUGUGGGGCACAGCCUACACGUUUACAGACAGUAUCAAACUUGGCAGCACUAGCAACAUAGAUAUCGUCGUCCAUCUUGAAAACCGAGGCGAGGGUGCAUUUGAGACAAUGUUAUACAUUGAGCUACCCAGAGGUGUCCAGUACAACGGUAUUCAGGACAGGAAGUUUACCAUUCCAUUUUCCUGUGAUAAAUACACAACAAAUGAUACCAACCUUGUAACAUGCGACAUGGGAAAUCCUCUCCCGACCAAGGCAAAGGCUAACUUUACUCUGCGUGUAACUCCAGGAGACAUUGAUGGUAACCUUGAUCGUCUCAUGUUUAAAUUUGUAAUCAACAGUUCCAACGAAGAGCUCAAUUCAACGUACAGUGACAAUGCAUUCAGCGUCACCAUUCCAGUGAUACAGGCAGCAGACAUCAUUAUCAUUGGCCGUCUGGGCGCAAACCAGACGGAACAAAUCGUGUACAACGACACCGGGGUAGCGUUAUUUAAACACAGCGUUUACGGGCCAGCAGUUGUACAUGAAUAUGAUGUGAGAAAUCUUGGCCCCAGUGACAUCAAGGAGAGUGUGAUAGACAUUUACUGGCCGAGCUUUGACGAUGUUGGUCGUAACCUUCUCUACCUAACACAUACACCGGAGGUACUCGGCCAGCAAAACAGCCUGUGUGAAACGAUUGUGAUAACUCCAUUUAAUUCUUCUAUGAUUGUAUGGUACAGUGAAUUCAACAAACAAGGACAGAAGAUGGACGUAAUUAUGGCCCAACACCAGGCGGAAGCUCGGAGAAAGCGCCGGUCACUCGAUGCUCAGACCGGGUCAAGAAUCAGUCGAGACAGCACAAACAAAAUAGUGUGUAACAAGAACUGGUGUACAAUCAUUAGAUGUAAGCUGGGAUACAUGAGGCCUCAGGACUCGACCGUGGUGAGGAUACGAUCCCGUAUCUGGACCGAUACCCUAGUCAAGAGUGGAUUGACCAGUGAACCAUACUUAAUAACAUCCCAGGCUGUGGCCGAAGUCCGACAAAUGCCAUACAACAUAAAGGUGGACAACUCCACCUAUACUAUAGCUACUUAUGAGAUUGGCUCAUAUGUAAAUGCAAAAAAAUUAGCUCCACAGCCGAAAUCUGUAGAACCGUGGAUCAUUGCUGUGGCUGUAUCAGCAGGUCUCCUACUACUGCUGCUAUUAAUAGUUCUACUGUGGUGGUGUGGAUUUUUCCGAAGGAAGAGGAGAGAACAAGAGGAAGCAUACGCAUCCAAGCCUUUAAUGACGAAUGGAGCUAACAACACUAAAUAUGAUAUCAAUUCAAAACGAUACGAAUAACCGUACAUUUAUUAAUAGGAAAAUUGGUUUAUUUUUAAUUGAAAUUGAGAUUUUGUUCCGAAUCAUAAAAUCAAAUCAAAGAAAAAAGGCUGAAAAUAUAACGAUGAUACCCGUAUGCAGUAUUGAUGUGAUGUUGAGUUUCCAGAAGUGUUUCUAAAUAUCCAGGCGAGCAUCAGUGAACGGGCAAGAGACAAAUUAAGUUGGGUUUCCUAAUUUCCUGUGAUGAAGGAGAGGGUCCAGAGAGGUAAUAUGCAAGUUCCAAAGGAAAAUUUCUUGGCUUAAGAGUUUCCUGAAACCCCAAAACCCCUUUAGAUCAAUCUCUAAAAUGUUAUUAGAGACUAGUGAUGAACAUAACUUGCAAAAUGUGACAUUACAAUGAAUUUUUAAUCGAGAUCAAGUUAGGAAAAAGAAAUGCAUAAAGAACAUUACUGCAAACUGUGACCUGAUGAUGAAUUAUUGAUCAAGGUCAGGUUUGACGUUUUUCGGAGCACUGCAUAUAGGCAUGGAAUAUAUAUUUCAUACAGUUUGUGAUGUUGCCAUGGUGUUGAUACAGAAUGGUACACAAAUUAAAAUUAAAAUUUGAUCGGCUUCACAACGCACAUCGUACAGAUUCAUGGCCGUGUGACGGCGGAUAUUGGGGCAAUAAAGUAUUAUUGAUUUUUGUAAUUUAUUUAUUAACCAUAGUUUUAUAUCUCGAUUUAUGUGCCACGGUAACAGCACACUGACUUCGGUGGCGUAGUAGAAUGUUAUAUGGCUUCAAACGUGUUUAAAUCGUUAACCAACACAACGAUAUACUGUUUGAAAACCGGGAAGCUUGGUAGUGUGAACAUUUCUCAGUUCCUGUGUCACAGUCUUCAUGAAUUCACUACUAAAUUAAAAAAUGUGAUAUGAAUCCAAAUACAUAUUUACAAAUUGGACACCGCUUACUUGUAAUGACUGCAAGGAGAAGUGUUCCGGAAGACCGUUAGUUUUUCAUUGAUUUUUCAUAUAUUUAAAAUAUAUUUCAGUGAAGGUAUAUAUCCGUUUACAUAUACCAAGUAUUUUACGGACAAUAGUCAACGAUGACAAGAUUUAAUCUCUCACUUAAGUAGGGUACUGGACUUAGUGUAAGUUUACAUAUUUUAGGGCGCUCAAACUAUAGCGAAUUAUCAAAUUUUAAUAGAUAAGCACUUUGAUGAGGUUGCCUCCCUGUGACAUACAUCUACUUUCCUUUACGGUUCAAUAAAAAUCAUCAUUUUGAUUAAUUGUUUAUACAUUUGAAGGGACACAAAAUGCUCAUGUAAUUUCAAAUUACUUUAUCAUGCUAAUUACUUGUAAUUGAAUAUCAGUAUUACUGUGAUACAAAUCAGUAGAGUGAGUUGUGAGAUAACUUUAAUACUCCUAUUAUUUAUGUCCCGGCCAUUUCAUAUAUAGUUAUAAUGUACGUUUACCACUGUCACUGUAAAAAUAAGCAACAGAAAUGAUAACAAUUGUAACAACUUAGAAAGAUGGGGAAGGGAGGAAAAUGUUUUGCAACCGUAUUUAAGAAAUAAUGUUCCUGUAUUUUCCUAAAACAUAUUAUUAUUAUUUCGGUCAUUUUAAUGGACUUUAUUGACCCUAGUGUGUUCAGCGUAUUUCAUGAAAUAUUUGAAUUUCAUCUUUCAAAAGUAAUAGUUAAUCUCUAAAGAAUAUUUCAUAUUGUCUCUGAAAUUAAUUAACCCAAAACAAAAGAGAAUUUUCAUCACCAAAUCACCAAUAUAUUCUACUCGUUGUAUUUAUUAUAAAUCUUCAUAUGCUAGUGAUAAUCACAAUUUCUAGCGAAUGCAAGUUUGAAGACUUCUGAAAAAGUCAAUGGCCCACCAAAAAUUCUUUUUCUACAACCAUUACGUACAGUUCAUUUAGUAAGUUGAAAUCUUCUCAAUUUUGUUCUGGUACAAUGAUAAACGACAAUAUUCCAAUGAAAUGUUGGAGAAUACUUUGCAUUUGAUUGAAGUAAAAAAAAAUGUCUUCUAAACAUGCAUCUCAACCAAGAGCACUUACCUUAAAGUUUCCAGUCACUCUUUAUCCUUUUUAGCAACUGAAGAGUAAGGUUUGUGUAUUGUGAUUUGAUAGAAUUGGUUUUUUUCUCUGAAUAUUCGAGAUGGACGUGUGUCUGCCAUUGAUCAUACUAUGUAUGCAUUGACAAGGUACAUCUGUACUUAAAACUCGUAUUUGAGUGAAAGUGUGACAGGAAUUUCGUAUUUAUUUAUAAUUUGUACCAUUUUCAUAUUAAGCUUGACAUAAAUGCUACAUUUCACCCAGUGAAACUGUACCAGUACUGUCUAUGCAUCUUCUACUGAUGCUAAUAGGAACAAACAGAGCGUUUAGAUUAGUACAUCAGUAAUUAAUUAAAAUCAUAACGGUUAUAGAAUGAAUGAACGGUAUGUGUGCCCAAGUUUCUCAUUUCGAGUUUUUUGUUGAAAUUAUGUCAAUGUAUUUAAAAUCAUUGCACCCUUUUGAAAUGUUGAUUUAGAAAGCCAGACAAAGUUAAGAGUUGUACUUACUGGUUGGAAUGUAGCCAUUUUCUUAGUGUCCGUCCAAUUCACACAAUCGUUAUGUCAUGAAUGCGUUUUCAUUUUUUUUGUUAAACCUGCAACAGUCACAAUUUCAAUAUAUAUUGCAUAAUUUGAUGACUGAAAUAUUGAAUAUAUGUGUCUGCUGUUUGUGUAUCUAUCAUGUUACACCCAAUCUCUAUGACAAAAAUUAAGAGUGAAAGAGAAUUGAUAUGUCAUUUGCCAUCAUUUAACAACGUCAUAUGUCACCAACAAGAACGAGAGGAUUUGAAACAUCUCACAUUGUUUUUUUUAAAUUCCCAUCAUCCCGGACUUUGAUAGGAAAAUUCACUCUACAGAUAUAGACUCCAGAAGUGCAAUGCUAUGAAAUCAAGGUUCUUGACUGAUACAUGCUUCCAGAUUAAUUAGGAUGCAGUGUAAAUGUAUUUUACUUCAUACAUCACACGCCUAGUGAGGCGGUCGCCAAACGCAGCAGGCAAUUAUAGACAACAUGCUAGUAAUAGACGAAUCAUCAUAUUUAACGAUGCUGUCUUUAGAAGCUGCUGUAAUGUAAAGUCGGCUUCAAAUAUAAUAUUCAAUGGAUCGAUGGUACAAAUCAAAAUGUCGUUCAAAACGUGAAAUGCUGAACUACAAACUAUUGAAAGAAGCAGGUUAUUGAUUGUAGAAGAUGGUGUUGGUCAAGUGUUUAAAUCACUUCAUUACAAAUAUAUUCCAAUAGCGUCAUUAAAAUUACACAUUGUUUAGUGUCAUGACAUUGUUUAGAUGUUUACACGGGAUAACCUGUCAUUUUAUGUCACCACUGGUUGUUAACUCAUUCACCCCUGGAGACACAUUUGAACUCUACCAAUUCAAAGGUUGGAAUAGUCCAUUAUGAAAUUUCAGGGGUGAAUGGGUUAACUUGACAAAUGAUCAAAAUCAUUUGUCUUCUGGAACUUUCAGAGACUGACUGGAUAUUGAAUAUUUUUUGAGUUGCAAAUUCUCCAAUAUCUAACCACCUAACCCUACAAAAGUCCAAACCGGUUCCAUUUAUUUUCUUCGUAAUAUGUUUCGAAUUUUAUGGCAGGUCGACAGCAAACAUAUUAUGUCGUAAAUUUGUCCAGAUUUCAAGUACUGCCAAGAGUUUCUUCAAACAGGAUUGACCGUGAAGUAUUGCCAGCACUAAACCGAUGACCUUAGAUUUCUUAUAUCCUUGAUUUCAUUUCAGUGACAAUGCAAUUGUAUGUAGGAUAAGCCAGAUGUUGACAGAUUUGACAUGAUUUAAUUUUAGUGACAACUGGAUGUAGGAUAAGCCAGAUGUUGACAUAUUUGACAUGAUUUCAUUUCAGUGACAACUGUAUGUAGGAUAAGCCAGAUGUUGACAGAUUUGACAUGAUUUAAUUUUAGUGACAACUGUAUGUAGGAUAAGCCAGAUGUUGACAGAUUUGACAUGAUUUCAUUUCAGUGACAACUGUAUGUAGGAUAAGCCAGAUGUUGACAGAUUUGACAGGUAUUCCAGUGUGUAGUAAUUUAGAAUGUUAGUCAAUAAAUGUACAGUCAAUGCUCAUACUAUGUAUUAAUUUAAAGUUCGCAUCAUUUUUGUACCUGUUUUAUAUAUAUAUUGUAUGGUGCAUUGCAUCAUUGUGAAGUGUCGUUUGGUGAUGUGUACCGUGAUUUAAAUGUGCAUUGUUAAGAAAGAAUUAAUCAUGUGGUCAUUCAUUUCUGUAUAUAUUUACGGGCUUCCAAUAACAAUAGCUCCAAAGACCGUCAAAGAAAAAUGUUUAUAAUUCUAUAAGAUGUGUGUACAUAUAAACUUUAUACGACACAUAUGAACUUUUUAAAAACUCAUUUUAAUAAAGAAAUGUAUCAUUUUAACCCUUAGAGGAAGACUUUAAAACUCAUUUUAAUAAAGAAAUGUAUCAUUUCAACCCUUAGAGGAAGACUUUAUGAGGUUUUACCGAUUUACAAUGAUUCCAUUGUCUAUGCAAUCGCUUGUGCUGGUCUCAUCAUUCCUAGAUUAGGAUAUAAGGUAAUAACAUGAAGCACACGUGAAACGUGACUGUCACGUGACAGUUAUAAUUAAACUUUUAAAUAAACACGUUUUCCCCUUUCCAUUCAACUGCUACCGUUGGACGUAUACAAUUUGGAAGAUAUGCUGAAGUUGUGGUGUACUGUAGAAUACAUAUUUAAAUAACAAUAUUGAGGAAAAGUAAAAAUUAAAAAUCAGAAAUAUACUAGCAUGACGAAAACACCUUCUUCAGCGGUGUUCAAAUUGUCAUGACAGUCACCUUUCUAGAUGCAUAUAUUUUUGUGAUAUAUAAAUAUUUUAUAUAUAUAUGUAUGUAUGUGUUGUAUAUUAUGAUACGUAACAUAUGUUCACCUUGACCUUUAAGAAAUGAACAUGUAUAAUGUAUACGUUUGGUUAGUCCGCAUUGUAAUUAUCUGAUACAUGGUUUUGCCGUGAAUUGUCGUCUGCUGAUGUGUGAAUGCGAGAGAGAAUAUUGGUGUCAGUGAGAUAGAUAAUUUAUACAAGAGAGGAUCGAAAGUUUUGGGAAUAAAUGUACAAAAGUAAGAAUGGUAAAUGCUUAACUGCUGAUUAUUUACUUAUUUUGGCGACUGUUCUGAUCUUUGACUGUGCUCAUAGGUACGUCCUUUAGAAAACAUGAUGCUGUUACCUUUCAAAUUGUAUUGAUGUCAACAUCAUAAGUUUAUACAUUUUUGUAAACUGUCAUUGGAACGUUGUGAUGUUUAUGUACAAUUAAUGAAAGUGCGAUUGCGUUUAUUGACAAUGGAUGUUAACAUAAAUACGUCUAUGAACUGAUCAUACGUUCAUGAACUAUGAACAUAAAUUUGAUUACGUUAAUUGACUAGCGAUGUAAACGUAUUAAACUUGAAGGCCUUUUGCUGUAAACUUGAUUAAGUGUGUGGAUUGUGGGUUCAUAAAAUGUCCAAUAUAUACACAGUAAAUGCAAAUCGAAGAAGCAACCUGUUUGAAACACGUGACCUUAAUGCAUGUAUAUCGUAAAAAUAAACUACUAAUCAGCCAAAAUCAACAUACUGGCAAUAAACCAGUAAGUACCUAUCGGUUAACAAGAACGGACAUCAGCUAGUAUACGUUUAUCAAAAUUAAAAACAAAGUAUUGCAUUAUUCUUUUGAUAUAUCCAUUUCAACUGUGCAUAUGUAUUUAAUUGAGUGUAUGAAAAUGUUUGCAUUGUAAGUGAGAUUACAUUAGGAGUCGAGUUAAGUGUGAGUGGUUUGUAAAGGUCAAGCAAAGGUCAUAUAACGGAAUGAUUUAUAUGUAAAUGUCGGUAGCGUAAUACAUUGGCGUAACACUCACACGCUAAGAUGUUUAAAAUAAACUGAUUUUUUCAAAAUGU